AUGGCUGCAUGCACAGCUUCUGCCAGCGAGGACAAGAUCGUCCAGUGUGUGGAGCUGCUCUUGUCCAGAAAUGCUGACCCCAACACAUUCAACAGGUGAGAGACUCUGUUUGUGUGCAUGUCUUUGUCUGUGUCAUGAUGUGAAUUUCAUGUCAUUUCAUCAUAAGACAUGGUACAUGUUAUACUCUGCAGCACAGGGACUGGUAUGAUAUAGCCUCUGAUGGCCAAGCUUGUGAAACACUUCUAUGUUGGCAUCGCAUAAUAGACGUGAACAGCAACAUGUUAUUACAUUCAUUAAGGGUUGGAGUUCGCAUUUAUCCACUGUUUUGGUGAUGCUGAUAUAAAUUGUGUAAUGGGUUAUGCUAAUUCUGUUAUUCUUGAUUCGAUUUUUUAAUGUGAACUUUUUAUUACUUUAGACAUUAUUUACUUUGAUGGAAAGUACCAGGACUGAAGCAGUGUUUCCCGUUGCCUGGCAACCAUGUCUUGACCCUGGCUUUGACCACCUUGUGACUUCCUCCUGUGCUGUCCAGUGUCCCUUUUCACCACUACACCACAUGGAGUACAGUGUUUGUGUGUGUCUCGGUACAGUGUGUUGGUCUGCAUUUAUCUUUUGUGUGGAAUGCCCUGUUAUGGCAUCUGCAUGCACACAUACCCAGAUUCCCUUCAGACAGACAAUAAACACUUAUAGAGGGGGGGGACUAAACAAGAGUAAGAGAAGCCCUCCUCCACACCACCUAAACUCACUGUACUGCCUGAUGCUACCCAGGCACAGAGUGAGGGAGGUAUGGAGAGAAGCAGGGAGGGAGGGAGAGAGGAGGGAGGAUUCUGGAACCACUUACCCGUUGUCAUUAUCUCUGGACAUUUCUCAUGGCAAGCCAAGGAUAAAGCCCCGAACUUAGCCUUCUCCCCUCCACCUCCGUUGCCCUUCGCCCACCCCUCACAAACUCUCCGCUACCCUUGUCUCAUGCCCGCCACCCGUGCCACACACCGCCCCAAGCACUUCAACACACACACACACCGUCCAGAAAGAGAGUGAGAGCAGGCGGUGGAAAUUGAUUGUUUCCUCUCCAGACAAAAUAUUUGAAGAACGGUAACGAGAGACAGAAGGGAUGCGGUCGAGAGGAAAGGGGGGAACAACGGAGUUACAGCAACAGGGGGAAAGAAAGGGGACCAGGGGUGCUUGUGGGAAACAUGCCCCCCCUUGGCCUUAACGUCUGAGUAUUUGACCAGCAAUUCACACCAGAUGCAUUUCUUUCCCUCAGCCUUAUAAACAAAUGAACCUUUUAAAGAUGGUGUGUUUUGUUCAGGAGCAAGAUGUGUUUUGUCCACUCUCUCAGCCUACGGCAGGGAUCAUCAACUAGAUUUUGUUUCUUUUCUUGAGCAGAUGGUCAGGGGGCAGGAACAUAAUUUGUAGAAUGCAAAUGGACCGCAAGAAGCCCGAACAGAUAUAUUAUUUGACUAAAACAUAACCUUUUCAAACCUUGCUUACAUUUCUAUAUUAUGCCUGGCAAUACUUUGGAACAGAUGUGCAAAAUUAAAAUAAUUUGGAGCUGAUGUUUUUGUAUUUUUAUAUAUUAUUUAAAUAUAUGUAUAUGCUCAGAAAACUUGGGGGGCCAUAUAAAAUCAGUUUGAAACCAUGGCCUACAAUAACCUGGACCAUUGGAUGGUGCAGCAAAGUGAGGUCCUUUUGCAUAGACAACAGGCUAUACACUGAGUAUACCAAACAUUAGGAACACCCCCUCUUUUGCCCUCAGAACAGCCUCAAUUCGUCAGGGCAUAGACUCUACAAGGUGCUGGCCCAUGUUGACUCCAAUGCUUCCAACUGUUGUGUGAAGUUGGCUGGAUGCCCUUUGGGUGGUGGACCAUUCUUGAUACACACAGGAAACAGUUGAGCGUUAAAAACCCAGCAGCGUUACAGUCUUGACACAAACCAGUGCGCCUGGCACCUACUACCAUACCCCGUUCAAAGGCAUUUACAUAUUUUGUCUUGCCCAUUCACCCUCUGAAUGGCACACAUACACAAUCCAUGUCUCAAUUGUUUCAAGGCUUAAAAAUCCUUCUUUAACCUGUCUCCUCCCCUUCAUCUGUGUGUGUGUGACUGACAUUUAUAAGGGAUCAUAGGUUUCACCUGGUCAGGCUAUAAAUGGAAAGAGCAGGUGUUCUUAAUGUUUUGUAUACUCAGUUUAUGAUCACAUCUCUGGUUUGUCCUCUGCAUCCUCUACUGUGUCUGUCCUCUUUUGAAUACCAGGUGAAAGUCGAGCCUUUUCCUCCAGUCUAAUGACCUGUCAGUUGGAUUAGAGCUGGAAAUCAGUUUCAGCUGAAACCUUUGAGGAGAUAAGGACUGUUUGGGAUGCAGGAUGAGAGUAGGCAGCCUCUGUGUGGUGUGGUCACCCUCUCCAGAGGUUAUGAACAGGAUAUGUACUGAUUAUAACCUGUCACAAUGGUUUCAUAGGGCUUCAUAAGAAGGGGACUUUGAUCGUUUUAUCUAGUAUGGUUGUUUUAUCUCUCAAGGCCAUUGUUCUCAGAGUUGUGACGUCGGAGUUGUGUUUGCUCAAAACCGUCUACGUAUCGAUUCUCUGCUCGUCUGGAACUGGUGAUCAAAAACACAUACAGUACAAACACACACUCUGGCUGUACCCCCGCCGCGAGCGAAUGACCUUGUCACCUGUUUGCCACUGAGAACAAUACCUGGGGAGAAACAGGUUUGCAGGACACUAAAACACUCAGUGACGCUCAGUAGCCUGUCUCCUGCGGUCAGAGGAAGUAAAAAGUGAAUACCUGGAAUGUGUCAGGAUGAUAGAUUACUACGCCCCAACUCACCUAGAUGUCACCAAUACACACAGAUUUACCAACUCUCGCUCUCUCACACACACACAUCCUCCCUCUCUGUCCCUGGGAAACGUCACAUAUUGUGAUGAAUGGCCACAGGGCAUUCCCACACCUCUGGACUGAUGCAGUUUCUCACCCUCUGUUCUGUCAGUCACGGGUGAUAAAGUUGAGUUGUGUCAAUGGUUAUUGACACUUGCUGGUUUGUUGCUCAACACAAUAGGAUGGGUGACCAAUGGCAUGGGCUGCCUCACUCUUGCCCAAUAACAUUGUGUUUUGGGUGUUCCCCAAUGAUAGAAGGGGGGCCCCAGUGAAAAAGUUUGAGAACCACUGACCUAGAGCAGGGUUUCCCAAACUCUGUCCUGGGGCCCCACCUGGGUGCAUGUUUUGGUUUUUGCCCUAGCACCACAGCUGAUUCAAAUAACCAACUCAUCAUCAAGCUUUGAUUAUUUGAAUUAGCUGUGUAGUGCUAGGGCAGAAACCAAAAUGUGCACCCAUGGGGGGCCACAGGACAGAGUUUGGGACUGACUUAGAGGACAGCUUGUUCGGGCCAAACAGUGUGGUGAACCACUUAUAGUUGAAGUUGGAAGUUUACAUACAGUUAGGUUGGAGUUAUUAAAACUCGUUUUUCAACCAGUCCACAAAUUUAUUUUUAACACACUAUAGUUUUGGCAAGUCGGUUAGGACAUCUACUUUGUGCAUGACGCAAGUAAUUUUUCCAACAAUUGUUUACAGACAGAUUAUUUCACUCAUAAUUCACUGUUUCACAAUUCCAGUGGGUCAGAAGUUUACAUGCACUAAGUUGACUGUGCCUUUAAACAGCUUGGAAAAUUCCAGAAAAUGAUGUCAUGGCUUUAGAAGCUUCUGAUAGGCUAAUUGACAUCAUUUGGGUCAAUUGGAGGUGUACCUGUGGAUGUAUUUCAAGGCCUACCUUCAAACUCAGUGCCUCUUUGCUUGACGUCAUGGGAAAAUCAAAAGAAAUCAGCCAAGACCUCAGAAAAAUAAUUGUAGACCUCCGCAAGUCUGGUUCAUCCUUGGGAGCAAUUUCCAAACGCCUGAAGGUACCAUGUUCAUCUGUACAAAUAAUAGUACUGUUUGGAGGAAAAAGGGGGACGCUUGCAAGCCGAAGAACACCAUCCCAACCGUGAAGCAUGGUGGUGGCAGCAUCAUGCUGUGGGGGUGCUUUGCUGCAGAAGGGACUGGUGCACUUCACAAAAUAGAUGGCAUCAUGAGGAAGGAAAAUUAUGUGGAUAUAUUGAAGCAACAUCUCAAGACAUCAGUCAGGAAGUUAAAGCUUGGUCGCAAAUGGGUCUUCCAAAUGGACAAUGACCCCAAGCAUACUUCCAAAGUUGUGGCAAAAUGGCUUAAGGACAACAAAGUCAAGGUAUUGGAGUGGCCAUCACAAAGCCUUGACCUCAAUCCUAUAGAAAAUGUGUGGGCAGAACUGAAAAAGCGUGUGCGAGCAAGGAGGCCUACAAACCUGACUCAGUUACACCAGCUCUGUCAGGAGGAAUGGGCCACAAUUCACCCAACUUAUUGUGGGAAGCUUGUGGAAGGCUACCCAAAAUGUUUGACCCAAGUUAAACAAUUUAAAGGCAAUGCUACCAAAUACUAAUUGAGUGUAUGUAAACUUCUGACCCACUGGGAAUGUGAUGAAAGAAAUAAAAGGUGAAAUAAAUCAUUCUCUCUACUAUUACUCUGACAUUUCACAUUCUUAAAAUAAAGUGGUGAUCCUAACUGACCUAAAACAGGGAUUUUUACUAGGAUUAAAUGUCAGGAAUUGUGAAAAACUGAGUUUAAAUGUAUUUGGCUAAGGUGUAUGUAAACUUCCGACUUCAACUGUAAGUAAUACAGUACUUACAGUAAUUGUUUAACUUAGACUACUUACUCUAAGUUACAAUAUGUUUUAUGUUACCCUAGAGGUGUCAAAGCCAAGUGCUGCAGUGUGAAGACUGUCUGUUUUGAAAUAUGUUCUCCCUUACAGCAUGUUUCCAUAGAGAACAUAACCUGGCCAGGUCUACUGUAGCUGGUCACUGAAGAGUUGAGGGCUUGGUGUCUGUCUCCCUCCAGUGGUUUUAAGUGUUCAGAGGUUCUACCACGCAUUCUGUCUUACCUAGAUAGGCAGAAGACAAAUUGAGAUUGGGAGAAGACAAAUGUCAGUUUGUAAACAUUUUUGACAAUCUAUUCCAUUUCAUUCUAGGGUGUCCAAUCAAAAACUCAUAUUUUGGCAAAUGGGUAAAAUAAGGUUAAUUGUGUAAAUACUCCUAUAAGAAAACCAAUGGUCCAAAUCUCAUGUCUCUAUCAUAAUCUUUUCAAAAGUUAUUGGAGUUUUUUUUUUUUUACCCUUAUAGGAUGGCCAGAAUUAGGGUGACUAAACCAAUGGAGGCCAGAUACAGUGCAUUCGGAAAGUAUUCAGACCCCUUGACUUUUUCCACAUUUUGUUACAUUACAGCCUUAUUCUCAAAUUGAUUAAAUAAACAUGUUUCCUCAUCAAUCUACACACAAUACCCCAUAAUGACAAAGCAAAAACUGGUUUUUAGAAAUGUUUGCUAAUUUAUUAAAAAUAAAAACAGAAAUAUAACAUUUACAUAAGUAUUCAGACCCUUUGCUCAGUACGUUGUUGAAGCACCUUUGGCAGCGAUUACAGCUUCGAGUCUUCUUGGGUAUGACGCUACAAGCUUGGCACACCUGUAUUUGGGGAGUUUCUCCCAUUCUUCUCUGCAGAUCCUCUCAAGCUCUGUCAGGUUGGAUGGGGAGUGUCGCUGCACAGCUAUUUUCAGGUCUCUCCAGAGUUGUUAGAUCGGGUUCAAGUCCAGGCUCUGGCUGGGCCACUGAAGGACAUUCAGAGACUUGUCCCAAAGCCACUCCUGCAUUGUCUUGGCUGUGUGCUUAGGGUCGUUGUCCUGUUGGAAGGUGAACCUUCACCCCAGUGUGAGGUCCUGAGCACUCUGGAGCAGGUUUUCAUCAAGGAUCUCUCUGCACUUUGCUCCGUUCAUCUUUCCCUUGAUCCUGACUAGUCUCCCACUCCCUGCCGCUGAAAAACAUCCCCACAGCAUGAUGCUGCCACCACCAUGCUUCACCGUAGGGAUGGUAUUGACCAGGUGAUGAGCGGUGCCUGGUUUCCUCCAGACGUGAUGCUUGGCAUUCAGGCCAAAGAGUUCAAUCUUGGUUUCAUCAGACCAGAGAAUCUUGUUUCUCAUGGGCUGAGAGUCCUUUAGGUGCCUUUUGGCAAACUCCAAGCAGACUGUCAUGUGCCUUCUACUGAGGAGUGGAUUCCGUCUGGCCAUUCUACCAUAAAGGCCUGAUUGGUGGAGUGCUGCAGAGAUGGUUGUCCAUCUGGAAGGUUCUCCCAUCUCCACAGAGGAACUCUGGAGCUCAGGUUCUUUGUCACCUCCUUGACCAAGGCCCUUCUGCCCCGAUUGCUCAGUUUGGCAGGGCGGCCAGCUCUAGGAAGAGUCUUGGUGGUUCCAAACUUCUUCCAUUUAAGAAUGAUGGUGCAAAUUUACACAGGUGCACAUUUUUGGUACCCUUCUCCAGAUCUGUGCCUCGACACAAUCCUGUCUCUGAGCUUUACGGACAAUUCCUUCAACCUCAUGGCUUGGUACCUUAUAUAGACAGACAGGUGUGUGCUUUUCCAAAUCAUCUCCAAUCAAUUUAAUCUACCACAAUGGACUCCCAAGUUGUAGAAACAUCUUGAGGAUGAUCAGUGGAAACAAGAUGCACCUGAGCUCAAUUUCGAGUCUCAUAGCAAAGGGUCUGAAUACUUAUGUAAAUAAGUGUGUAUAUAUAUAUAUACACACACACACACACACACAGUGGGGAGAACAAGUAUUUGAUACACUGCCGAUUUUGCAGGUUUUCCUACUUACAAAGCAUGUAGAGGUCUGUAAUUUGUAUCAUUUUUAUCAAAAAUCCAGAAAAUCACAUUGUAUGAUUUUUAAGUAAUUAAUUUGCAUUUUAUUGCAUGACAUAAGUAUUUGAUCACCUACCAACCAGUAAGAAUUCCAGCUCUCACAGACCUGUUAGUUUUUCUUUAAGAAGCCCUCCUGUUCUCCACUCAUUACAUGUAUUAACUGCACCUGUUUGAACUCGUUACCUGUAUAAAAGACACCUGUCCACACACUCAAUCAAACAGACUCCAACCUCUCCACAAAAGCCAAGACCAGAGAGCUGUGUAAGGACACCAGGGAUAAAAUUGUAGACCUGCACAAGGCUGGGAUGGGCUACAGGACAAUAGGCAAGCAGCUUGGUGAGAAGGCAACAACUGUUGGCGCAAUUAUUAGAAAAUGGAAGAAGUUCAAGAUGACGGUCAAUCACCCUCGGUCUGGGGCUCCAUGCAAGAUCUCCCCUCGUGGGGCAUCAAUGAUCAUGAGGAAGUAUUUGAUCCCCUGCUGAUUUUGUACGUUUGCCCACUGACAAAGAAAUGAUCAGUCUAUAAUUUGAAUGGUAGGUUUAUUUGAAGAGUGAGAGACAGAAUAACAACAAAAAAUUCCAGAAAAACGCAUGUCAAAAAUGUUAUAAAUUUAUUUGCAUUUUAAUGAGGGAAAUAAGUAUUUGACCCCCUCUCAAUCAGAAAGAUUUCUGGCUCCCAGGUGUCUUUUAUACAGGUAACGAGCUGAGAUUAGGAGCACACUCUUAAAGGGAGUGCUCCUAAUCUCAGCUUGUUACCUGUAUAAAAGACACCUGUCCACAGAAGCAAUCAAUCAAUCAGAUUCCAAACUCUCCACCAUGGCCAAGACCAAAGAGCUCUCCAAGGAUGUCAGGGACAAGAUUGCAGACCUACACAAGGCUGGAAUGGGCUACAAGACCAUCGCCAAGCAGCUUGGUGAGAAGGUGACAACAGUUGGUGUGAUUAUUCGCAAAUGGAAGAAACACAAAAGAACUGUCAAUCUCCCUCGGCCUGGGGCUCCAUGCAAGAUCUCACCUCGUGGAGUUGCAAUGAUCAUGAGAACGGUGAGGAAUCAGCCCAGAACUACACGGGAGGAUCUUGUCAAUGAUCUCAAGGCAGCUGGGACCAUAGUCACCAAGAAAACAAUUGGUAACACACUACGCCGUGAAGGACUGAAAUCCUGCAGCGCCCGCAAGGUCCCCCUGCUCAAGAAAGCACAUACAGUGGGGAAAAAAGUAUUUAGUCAGCCACCAAUUGUGCAAGUUCUCCCACUUAAAAAGAUGAGAGAGGCCUGUAAUUUUCAUCAUAGGUACACAUCAACUAUGACAGACAAAAUGAGAGGAAAAAAAUCCAGAAAAUCACUUUGUUGGAUUUUUAAUGAAUUGAUUUGCAAAUUAUGGUGGAAAAUAAGUAUUUGGUCAAUAACAAAAGUUUCUCAAUACUUUGUUAUAUACCCUUUGUUGGCAAUGACACAGGUCAAACGUUUUCUGUAAGUCUUCACAAGGUUUUCACACACUGUUGCUGGUAUUUUGGCCCAUUCCUCCAUGCAGAUCUCCUCUAGAGCAGUGAUGUUUUGGGCUGUCGCUGGGCAACACGGACUUUCAACUCCCUCCAAAGAUUUUCUAUGGGGUUGAGAUCUGGAGACUGGCUAGGCCACUCCAGGACCUUGAAAUUAUUCUUACGAAGCCACUCCUUCGUUGCCCGGGCGUUGUGUUUGGGAUCAUUGUCAUGCUGAAAGACCCAGCCACGUUUCAUCUUCAAUGCCCUUGCUGAUGGAAGGAGGUUUUCACUCAAAAUCUCACGAUACAUGGCCCCAUUCAUUCUUUCCUUUACACGGAUCAGUCGUCCUGGUCCCUUUGCAGAAAAACAGCCCCAAAGCAUGAUGUUUCCACCCCCAUGCUUCACAGUAGGUAUGGUGUUCUUUGGAUGCAACUCAGCAUUCUUUGUCCUCCAAACACGACGAGUUGAGUUUUUACCAAAAAGUUAUAUUUUGGUUUCAUCUGACCAUAUGACAUUCUCCCAAUCCUCUUCUGGAUCAUCCAAAUGCACUCUAGCAAACUUCAGACGGGCCUGGACAUGUACUGGCUUAAGCAGGGGGAUACGUCUGGCACUGCAGGAUUUGAGUCCCUGGCGGCGUAGUGUGUUACUGAUGGUAGGCUUUGUUACUUUGGUCCCAGCUCUCUGCAGGUCAUUCACUAGGUCCCCCUGUGUGGUUCUGGGAUUUUUGCUCACCGUUCUUGUGAUCAUUUUGACCCCACGGGGUGAGAUCUUGCGUGGAGCUCCAGAUCGAGGGAGAUUAUCAGUGGUCUUGUAUGUCUUCCAUUUCCUAAUAAUUGCUCCCACAGUUGAUUUCUUCAAACCAAGCUGCUUACCUAUUGCAGAUUCAGUCUUCCCAGCCUGGUGCAGGUCUACAAUUUUGUUUCUGGUGUCCUUUGACAGCUCUUUGGUCUUGGCCAUAGUGGAGUUUGGAGUGUGACUGUUUGAGGUUGUGGACAGGUGUCUUUUAUACUGAUAACAAGUUCAAACAGGGGCCAUUAAUACAGGUAACGAGUGGAGGACAGAGGAGCCUCUUAAAGAAGAAGUUACAGGUCUGUGAGAGCCAGAAAUCUUGCUUGUUUGUAGGUGACCAAAUACUUAUUUUCCACCAUAAUUUGCAAAUAAAUUCAUAAAAAAUCCUACAAUGUGAUUUUCUGGAUUUUUUUCUUCUCAAUUUGUCUGUCAUAGUUGAUGUGUACCUAUGAUGAAAAUUACAGGCCUCUCUCAUCUUUUUAAGUGGGAGAACUUGCACAAUUGUUGGCUGACUAAAUACUUAUUUUCCCCACUGUAUACAGGCCUGUCUGAAGUUUGCCAAUGAACAUCUGAAUGAUUCAGAGGAGAACUGGGUGAAAGUGUUGUGGUCAGAUGAGACCGAAAUCGAGCUCUUUGGCAUCAACUCAACUCGCCGUGUUUGGAGGAGGAGGAAUGCUGCCUAUGACCCCAAGAACACCAUCCCCACCGUCAAACAUGGAGGUGGAAGCAUUAUGCUUUGGGGGUGUUUUUCUGCUAAGGGGACAGGACAACUUCACUGCAUCAAAGGGAUGAUGGACGGGGCCAUGUACCGUCAAAUCUUGGGUGAGAACCUUCUUCCCUCAGCCAGGGCAUUGAAAAUGGUUCGUGGAUGGGUAUUCCAGCAUGACAAUGACCCAAAACACACGGCCAAGGCAACAAAGGAGUGGCUCAAGAAGAAACACAUUAAGGUCCUGGAGUGGCCUAGCCAAAAUCUGUGGAGGGAGCUGAAGGUUCGAGUUGCCUCUGUGAUUGCCAACAAGGGUUUUGCCACCAAGUACUAAAUCAUGUUUUUCAGAGGGGUCAAAUACUUAUUUCCCUCAUUAAAAUGCAAAUCAAUUUAUAACAUUUUUGACAUGCGUUUUUCUGGAUUUUUUUGUUGUCAUUCUGUCUCUCACUGUUCAAAUAAACCUACCAUUAAAAUUAUAGACUGAUCAUGUCUUUGUCAGUGGGCAAACGUACAAAAUCAGCAGGGGAUCAAAUACUUUUUUCCCUCAUAUAUAUAUAUAUAUAUAUAUAUAUUUAUAUAACAUUUAUUUUAUACAUUUGCAUCAUACCCAAGAAGACUCAAAGCUGUAAUCGCUGCCAAAGGUGCUUCAACAACGUACUGAGCAAAGGGUCUGAAUACUUAUGUAAAUGUUAUAUUUUUAUUUUUUAUAAAUUAGCAAACAUUUCUAAAAAACAGUUUUUGCUUUGUCAUUAUGGGGUAUUGUGUAGUAGAUUGAGUUAAAAAAAUUAUUUUAUCAAUUUUAGAAUAAGGCUGUAACGUAACCAAAAUGUGGAGGAAGGGGUCUGAAUACUUUCCCAAUGCACUGUAUAUCACCAGUAGUACAUUUACCUUGAAUUCCUAUAAAUUCUAAUCUACAAUGUUUGUUUGGUUAAAGGCAAUGUCUGUUAAUGCAUUCAAUAUAUUAUUAUUCCAGUAUUUUACCGUUCUCAUUGUCUGAGUGGACAUGUUGUUUGCAGAGCGCACAACCUAUGCUACACUUGUGAGAAACAAGUUUUGGUUUAUUUCAUUCCAUUUACGAGUUUUGUCAAUUUAGUAAUUGUCUUUUGUUUGGAGCGCUCCUGACAAUGUUGAGUAAGGACGCGCACCUGAUUACGCAUAGAAGUAGGCCUACAGGCUACCUAGCCUGUACACAAAUGUAGGCACAUAAAUGUGCCCAUUUGGAGAUCUGAUUUUCUUUACGUCAAACAGCAAGCAAACUAAGUCUGUUUUUACAUCCAUUGAGAAUAACAAUCAUUCCUCAAUGUAUUUGAAAAAUCUUUCCAGCUCUCUCCCUUUCGAUAACCACUCGGCAUGAAAGGGAAAAAUGCCAUGCUCUGAUCCAGUGGAAACGUCAUAAAAUAGGCGUACCAGAUUACUUCUUAUCCCUUGUGCAAAUAGCCUACAGCUGUAUCGGUCCCGAGCUCACUGGCGCGGGAAACUCUGAGGGCCCAGAAUAUUUUAUGCAAUGUUGCAAGGAGCUUCAGGCCGGACCCAAGUUAUUAGUUGAUACAAUGUUUCAAGUUCGUUGCAGACAGGUAAUGUAAUUUAUAGGAUAUUUAUUUUUAUCAGGAUAUUUUCUACCUGCAGGCUGUAAUGGUUUUAUUUGUGGGCUUUAUAGGCUAUUUUUACAUACUGUAGUUGGCAAUGGCAGUAGAAGUUACUUUUUAGGUUUAUCAUUUUCAUUUAGAUUUGGAUAGAAUUUUGAUUAACCACAUGACAAUGAUUUUGAGAUACGAAGAUGUUAUUAUAAAUUAAAUGAAACUGGCACACAGAUCCGUUUGAAUAUGGUCAGAUAAAUCUGGCAUCCACAUGAAAACUGAGGCAGGGUAACACUGAUCGGUUAAUGUGUCACAGAGAUCCGGUUCGAAUACGCUCGCCAGCGGCGGACGGAGAUUGGCGGGCACAUUGCCACAGGUAGGGAGAAUGGCGCGGAUGUUAGAGCAUGGCGUUUGCAACGCCAGGGUUGUGGGUUCGUUUCCCACGGGGGGCCAGUAUAAAAAAAAUAUGUAUUCACUAACUGUAAGUCGCUCUGGAUAAGAGCGUCUGCUAAAUGACUAAAAUGUAAAUGUAAAUGUAGAAAGUUUGCCAACUCCUCAUGUAGCUUAUUACCAGCAACUUCAGGAGAGUAACGGCAGAAUCUGCGAAAGCCAGUAGGAGCGGGAAGAGGAUGGUCGGUGCCAGGUUAAGUUUUUUUUUCAUGUGGUUAUCUUGAUCUCUGGCUCCAUCUUGAGUAAUUUCUCUUAUUUCAUCAAACAGUGAGCUUAAAGCAUCAGACAACCUCAAUGCAUACAGUUGAAUUUCGGAAGUUUACAUACACCUUAGCCAAAUACAUUUAAACUCAGUUUUUCACAAUUCCUGACAUUUCAUCCUAGUAAAAAUUCCGUCUUAGGUCAGUUAGGAUCACCACUUUAUUUUAAGAAUGUGAAAUGUCAGAAUAAUAGUAGAGAGAGUGAUUUAUUUCACCUUUUAUUUCUUUCAUCACAUUCCCAGUGGGUCAGAAGUUGUGGUCCUCUGUAGCUCAGCUGGUAGAGCACGGCGCUUGUAACGCCAAGGUAGUGGGUUCGAUCCCCGGGAUCACCCAUACACAAAAAUGUAUGCACGCAUGACUGUAAGUCGCUUUGGAUAAAAGCGUCUGCUAAAUGGCAUAUUAUUAUUAUUAUUAUUAUUAUUAAGUUUACAUACACUAAAUUAGUAUUUGGUAGCAUUGCCUUUAAAUUGUUUAACUUGGGUCAAACGUUUCGGGUAGCCUUCCACAAGCUUCCCACAAUAAGUUGGGUGAAUUUUGGCCAUUCCUCCUGACAGAGCUGGUGUAUCUGAGUCAGGUUUGUAGGCCUCCUUGCUCAAACACGCUUUUUCAGUUCUGCCCACAAAUUUUCUAUAGGUUUGAGGUCAGGGCUUUGUGAUGGCCACUCCAAUACCUUGACUUUGUUGUCCUUAAGCCAUUUUGCCACAACUUUGGAAGUGUUCUUGGAGUCAUUGUCCAUUUGGAAGACCCAUUUGCGACCAAGCUUUAACUUCCUGACUGAUGUCUUGAGAUGUUGCUUCAAUAUAUCUACAUAAUGUUCCUUCCUCAUGAUGCCAUCUAUUUUGUGAAGUGCACCAGUCCCUCCUGCAGCAAAGCACCCCCACAGCAUGUUGCUGCCACCCCCAUGCUUCACGGUUGGGAUGGUGUUCUUCGGCUUGCAAGCCACCCCUUUUUCCUUCAAACAUAACGAUGGUCAUUAUGGCCAAACAGUUCUAUUUUUGUUUCAUCAGACCAGAGGACAUUUCUCCAAAAAGUAAGAUCUUUGUCCCCAUGUGCAGUUGCAAACCGUAGUCUGGCUUUUUUAAUGGCGGUUUUGGAGCAGUGACUUCUGCUUUGCUGAGCGGCCUUUCAGGUUAUGUCGAUAUAGGACUCGUUUUACUGUGGAUAUAGAUACUUUUGUACCUGUUUCCUCCAGCAUCUUCACAAGGUCCUUUGCUGUUGUUCUGGGAUUGAUUUGCACUUUUCGCAUCAACGUACAUUAAUCUCUAGGAGACAGAAGGCGUCUCCUUCCUGAGCGGUAUGACGGCUGUGUGGUCCCAUGGUGUUUAUACUUGCGUACUAUUGUUUGUACAGAUGAACGUGGUACCUUCAGGCGUUUGGAAAUUGCUCCCAAGGAUGAACCAGACUUGUGGAGGUCUACAAUUUCUUUUCUGAGGUCUUGGCUGAUUUCUUUUGAUUUUCCCAUGAUGUCAAGCAAAGAGGCACUGAGUUUGAAGGUAGGCCUUGAAAUACAUCCACAGGUACACCUCCAAUUGACUCAAAUGAUGUCAAUUAGCCUAUCGGAAACUUCUAAAGCCAUGACAUAAUUUUCUGGAAUUUUCCAAGCUGUUUAAAGGCACAGUCAACUUAGUGUAUGUAAACUUCUGACCCACUGGAAUUGUGAUACAGUGAAUUAUAAGUGAAAUAAUCUGUCUGUAAACAAUUGUUGGAAAAAUGACUUGUGUCCUAACCGACUUGCCAAAACUAUAGUUUGUUAACAAGAAAUUUGUGGAGUGGUUGAAAAACAAGUUUUAAUGACUUCAACCUAAGUGUAUGUAAACUUCCGACUUCAAUUGUAUAUAGUUGAUUUUAUUAAAACACAUACAGUACCAGUCAAAAGUUUGGACACACCUACUCAUUCAAGGGUUUUCCUUUAUUUUUACUAUUUACUACAUUGUAGAAUAAUAGUGAAGACAUCAAAACUAUGAAAUAACAUAUGUAAUAAUGUAGUAACCAAAAAAGUGUUAUAUAUUUUAUAUAUUUUAUAUUUGAGAUUCUUCAAAGUAGCCACCAUUUGCCUUGAUGACAGUUUUUCACACUCUUGGUAUUCUCUCAACCAGCUUCAUGAGGUAGUCAUCUGGAAUGCAUUUCAAUUAACAGGUAUGCCUUGUUAAAAGUGAUUUUGUGGAAUUUCUUUCCUUAAUGCGUUUGAGCUAAUCAGUUGUGUUGUGACAAGGUAGGGGUGGUAUACAAGACCAAGCCCAUAUUAUGGCAAGAACAGCUCAAAUAAGCAAAGAGAAACGACAGUCCAUCGUUACUUUAAGACAUGAAGGUCAGUCAAUCCGGAACAUUAAGAACUUUGAAAGUUUCUUCAAGUGCAGUCGCAAAAACAUCAAGCACUAUGAUGAAACUGGCUCUCAUGAGGACGGCCACAGGAAAGGAAGAUCCAGAGUUACCUCUGCUGCAGAGGAUAAGUUCAUUAGAGUUAACUGCACCUCAGAUUGCAGCCCAAAUAAAUGCUUCACAGAGUUCAAGUAACAGACACAUCUCAACAUCAACUGUUCAGAGGAGACUGCAUGAAUCAGGCCUUCAUGGUCGAAUUGCUGCAAAGAAACCACUACUAAAGGACACCAAUAAGAAGAAGAGACUUGCUUGGGCCAAGAAACAUGAGCAAUGGACAUUAGACCGGUGGAAAUCUGUCCUUUGGUCUGAUGAGUCCAAAUUGGAGAUUCUUGGUUCCAACCGCCGUGUCUUUGUGAGACGCAGAGUAGGUGAACGGAUGAUCUCUGCAUGUGUGGUUCCCACCGUGAAGCAUGGAGGAGGAGGUAUGAUGGUGUGGGGUGCUUUGCUGGUUACACUGUUGGUGAUUUAUUUAGAAUUCAAGGCACACUUAACCAGCAUGGCUACCACAGCAUUCUGCAGCGAUACGCCAUCCCAUCUUGUUUGCGUGUAGUGGGACUACCAUUUGUUUUUCAACAGGACAAUGACCGAAAACCCACCUCCAGGCUGUGUACGGGCUAUUUGACCAAGAAGGAGAGUGAUGUAGUGCUGCAUCAGAUGACCUGGCCUCCACAAUCACUCGACCUCAACCCAAUUGAGAUGGUUUGGGAUGAGUUGGACCGCAGAGUGAAGGAAAAGCAGCCAACAAGUGCUCCUUCAAGACUGUUGGAAAAGCAUUCUUCAUGAAGCUGGUUGAGAGAAUGCUGAGGGUAUGCAAAGGGUGGCUAUUUGAAGAAUCUCAAAUAUAAAAUAUAUUUUAAUUUGUUUAACACUUUUUGGGUUACUACAUGAUUCCGUAUGUGUUAUUCUAUAGUUUUGAUGUCUUCACUAUUAUUCUACAAUGUAGAAAAUAGUAAAAAAUUAAGAAAAUCCCUUGAAUGAGUAGGUGUGUCCAGACUUUUGACUGGUACUGUAGGUUUUGUCUAUAUAUGGAAAAAUACACUACAAUGUUGACCAAUCGAUUGGUCGAAAGAACAGACGACUUUCGGUCGACCCAAUAUUUCUUUUGGUCGGGGACAGCCCUACGAUUUUGAGACAUGACAAGUAGUAUUUUAAUAUUUUUUUGUAGAUUUCUCACAAAAACACGUUUCUCUGAAUUGUCAACGCAGCGAUGAGCCUUUUACAUUUAAUUCAGCUCGUGUCAUGCUAAUUUUGCUUUUUGCGACCCGUGGAAACAACUUUGAAGACGACGACCAAAAAAUUUUAAAUCUUCAAGUUAUGAGAAACCUGCACUGCUCUUUCAACAGAGCUUGGUGCUUUUAUCGGAUGUAUUAGGUUACUUAAUCCGACUUUUUCAAUAUAAUAUUAAUGAUAUGUUAGAGAAAGACCCCACUGAACGAUUCAGAACAUGAAUAAUCAUAUUUCUCUUUGUAGAAAGUAUUCAUACCCCUUGACUUAUUCCACAUUUUGGGGCUAUGGUAUGGGCAGGCAUAAGCUACGGACAACGAACACGAUUGCAUUUUAUCGAUGGCAAUUUAAAUGCAAAGAGAUACCUUGACGAGAUCCUGAUGCCCAUUGUAGUGCCUUAUGUUUCAGCGUGAUAAUGCACGGCCCCAUGUCGCAAGGAUCUGUACACAAUUCCUGGAAGCUGAAAAUGUACCAGUUCUUCCAUGGCCUGCAUACUCACCAGACAUGUCACCCAUUGAGCAUGUUUGGGAUAUUCUAGAUCGACAUGUACGACAGCGUGUUACAGUUCCCAACCAUAUCCAGCAACUUCGCACAUCCAUUGAAGAGGAGUGGGACAACAUUCCACAGGCCACAAUCAACAGCCUGAUCAACUCUAUGCAAAGGAGACGUGUCAUGCUGCAUGAGGAAAAUGGUGGUCACACCCGAUACUGACUGCUUUUCUGAUCCAUGCCCAUACCUUUUUUUAAAGGUAUCUUUGACCAACAGAUGCAUAUCUGUAUUCCCAGUCAUGUGAAAUCCAUAGAUUAGGACCUAAUGAAUUUAUUUAAUUUGACUGAUAUCCUUAUAUGAACUAUAACUCAGUAAAAUCUUUGAACUUGUUGCAUGUUCCGUUUGUAUAUUUUUUGUUCAGUGUACAUAAGUAUUCACACCCCUGAGUCAAUAUUUUGUAGAAGCACCUUUGGCAGCGAUUUACUGCUGAGUCUUUCUGGGUAAGUCUCUAAGAGCUUUCCACACCUGGAUUGUGUAACAUUUGCCCAUUUAUUAUUUAAAAAAUUAGUCAAGCUCUGUCAAAUUGGUAAACAACCAUUUUCAGGUCUUGCCAUAGAUUUUCAAGUAGAUUUAAGUCAAAACUUUAACUCAGCCACUCAGGAACAUUCACUGUCUUCUUGGUAAGCAACUCCAGUGUAGAUUUGGCCUUGUUUUAGGUUAUUUUCCUGCUGAAAGGUGAAUUCAUCUCCCAGUGUCUGGUGGAAAGCAGACUGAACCAGGUUUUCCUCUAGGAUUUUGCCUUUGCUUAGCUCCAUUCCGUAAAAAAAUGUAUCCUGAAAAACUCCCCAGUCCUUAACGAUUACAAGCAUACCCAUAAUAUGAUGCAGCCACCACUAUGCUUGAAAAUAUGGAGAGUGGUACUCGGUAAUGUGUUGUAUUGGAAUUGCCCCAAACAUACAGUGGGGAAAAAUAGUAUUUAGUCAGCCACCAAUUGUGCAAGUUCUCCCACUUAAAAAGAUGAGAGAGGCCUGUAAUUUUCAUCAUAGGUACACGUCAACUAUGACAGACAAAAUGAGAAGAAAAAAAAUCCAGAAAAUCACAUUGUACGAUUUUUUAAUGAAUUUAUUUGCAAAUUAUGGUGGAAAAUAAGUAUUUGGUCAAUAACAAAAGUUUCUCAAUACUUUGUUAUAUACCCUUUGUUGGCAAUGACACAGGUCAAACGUUUUCUGUAAGUCUUCACAAGGUUUUCACACACUGUUGCUGGUAUUUUGGCCCAUUCCUCCAUGCAGAUCUCCUCUAGAGCAGUGAUGUUUUGGGGCUGUCGCUGGGCAACACGGACUUUCAACUCCCUCCAAAGAUUUUCUAUGGGGUUGAGAUCUGGAGACUGGCUAGGCCACUCCAGGACCUUGAAAUGCUUCUUGCGAAGCCACUCCUUCGUUGCCCGGGCGGUGUGUUUGGGAUCAUUGUCAUGCUGAAAGACCCAGCCACGUUUCAUCUUCAAUGCCCUUGCUGAUGGAAGGAGGUUUUCACUCAAAAUCUCACGAUACAUGGCCCCAUUCAUUCUUUCCUUUACACGGAUCAGUCGUCCUGGUCCCUUUGCAGAAAAACAGCCCCAAAGCAUGAUGUUUCCACCCCCAUGCUUCACAGUAGGUAUGGUGUUCUUUGGAUGCAACUCAGCAUUCUUUGUCCUCCAAACACGACGAGUUGAGUUUUUACCAAAAAGUUAUAUUUUGGUUUCAUCUGACCAUAUGACAUUCUCCCAAUCCUCUUCUGGAUCAUCCAAAUGCACUCUAGCAAACUUCAGACGGGCCUGGACAUGUACUGGCUUAAGCAGGGGGACACGUCUGGCACUGCAGGAUUUGAGUCCCUGGCGGCGUAGUGUGUUACUGAUGGUAGGCUUUGUUACUUUGGUCCCAGCUCUCUGCAGGUCAUUCACUAGGUCCCCCCUGUGUGGUUCUGGGAUUUUUUUGAUCAUUUUGACCCCACGGGGUGAGAUCUUGCGUGGAGCCCCAGAUCGAGGGAGAUUAUCAGUGCUCUUGUAUGUCUUCCAUUUCCUAAUAAUUGCUCCCACAGUUGAUUUCUUCAAAUCAAGCUGCUUACCUAUUGCAGAUUCAGUCUUCCCAGCCUGGUGCAGGUCUACAAUUUUGUUUCUGGUGUCCUUUGACAGCUCUUUGGUCUUGGCCAUAGUGGAGUUUGGAGUGUGACUGUUUGAGGUUGUGGACAGGUGUCUUUUAUACUGAUAACAAGUUCAAACAGGUGCCAUUUAAUACAGGUAACGAGUGGAGGACAGAGUAGCCUCUUAAAGAAGAAGUUUCAGGUCUGUGAGAGCCAGAAAUAUUGCUUGUUUGUAGGUGACCAAAUACUUAUUUUCCACCAUGAUUUGCAAAUAAAUUCAUUAAAAAUCCUACAAUGUGAUUUUCUGGAAUUGUUUUCCUCAAUUUGUCUGUCAUAGUUGACGUGUACCUAUGAUGAAAAUUACAGGCCUCUCAUCUUUUUAAGUGGGAGAACUUGCACAAUUGGUGGCUGACUAAAUACUUUUUUCCCCCACUGUAACACUUUGUAUUCAGGACAAAAGUUAAUAGCUUUGCUUUUUUUUUUUCAGUAUUAUUUUUAUUCAUUACAGUCUUCCUUCUUUUCACUCUGUCAUUUAGGUUAGUAUUGUGGAGUAAUUACAAUGUUGUUGAUCCAUCCUCAGUUUUCUCCUAUCACAGCCAUUAAACUCUAACUGUUUUAAAGUCACCAUUGGCCUCAUGGUGAAAUCCCUGAGUGGUUUGCUUCCUCUCCAGCGACUGAGUUAGGAAGGACGCCUGUAUCUUUGUAGUGACUGGGUGUAUUGAUACACCAUCCAAAGUGUAAUUAAUAACUUCACCAUGCUCAAAGGGACAUUCAAUGUCUGCUUUUUACAUUUGUACUCAUCUACCAAUAGGUGCCCUUCUUUGCGAGGCACUGGAAAACCUCCCUGGUCUUUGGGGUUGAAUCUGUGUUUGAAAUUCACUGCUCGACUGAGGAAUCUUACAGAUAAUUGUAUGUGUGGGGUACAGAGAUGAGGUAGUCAUUCAAAAAUCAUAUUAUUGCACACAGAGAGUCCAUGCAACUUAUUAUGUGACUUGUUAAGCAAACCUUUACUCCUGAACUUAUUUAGGCUUGCCAUAACAAAAGGGUUGAAUACUUAUUGACACAAGACAUUUCAGCUUUUCAUUUUUAAUUAAUUUGUUAAAUAUUUUGUAAAACAUAAUUCCACUUUGACAUUAUGGGGUUUUGUGUGUAGGCCAGUGACAAAAAAUCUGAAUUUAAUCCAUUUUAAAUUAAGGCUGUAACAAAAUGUGGAAAAAGUCAAGGGGUGUGAAUCAUUUCAUCACCAAAGUGUGUUUUCACCCUCUCUAGGUAGGUAGGGUGGGUGGGUAUUCAUUCUAUUCCCAUUCCCAGGUCUCGUAUGACAUCCCUGAUGCUGGCGUCCCGGGACGGCUACAGUCAGGUGAUCAACGUGCUGUUGUCUCACGGGGCAGAGGUCAACUCCCAGGAUGAAAAUGGGUACACGGUAAGGAUGCCCACCUGGUGUAAUGCCUGUGUCUCAUAAGCGGACACUUUUGUUUUUACUUUUAUACAUCAGCCUUCCCUGCUUCCCAAUAAUCCCUCCUUUCUCCCAAAGUGUAUACUUUUUUAGUGGAAUAUGGUGUUAACUCCUUCCAGCCCAUGCUUACAACAAUCAAAUACUUUUACAUUCUCUUGAUUGAUUCUGACUGAUUGAUAGUAAUGAUUUGGUGACACUGUGAUUAUUAAUGGUAAUUAGGAUGGCACUAGACAUUGAUAGUAAGUGAUAACCUGCUGUGACCUUUGACCCAGGCCCUGACUGUGGCAGUGCAGUACGGUAGAGAAGAGGCCGUCCUCAAGCUGCUCCAGCUGGGGGCAGACAAGACCCUCAAGACCAAAGCAGGGAAGAGUGCUGCCGACUUGGCCAAGGUCUUCAAACGACCACAGGUAAACACAACCACUAAUUCUAUUAUUUAUACUGAACAAAAAUAUAAACACAACAUGCAACGAUUUCAACGAUUUUACUGAGUUACAGUUCAUAUAAGGAAAUCAGUCAAUUGAAAUAAAUUCAUUAGGCCCUAAUCUAUGGAUUUCACAUGACUGGGCAGGGGCGCAGCCAUGGGUGGGCCUGGGAGGGCAUAGGCCCACCCACUGGGGAGCCAGGCCCAGCCAAUCAGAAGUUUUUCCCCACAAAAGGGCUUUAUUACAGACAGAAUUACUCAGUUUCAUCAGCUGUCCGGGUGGCUGGUCUCAGACGAUCCCGCAAGUAAAGAAGCUGGAUGUGGAGGUCCUGGGCUGGCAUAGUUACCCAUGCUCUGUGGUUGUGAGGCCGUUUGGACGUACUGCCAAAUGAACAUUAAAUUAUCUGGUAACAGUUCUGGUGGACAUUCCUGCAGUCAGCAUGCCAACUGCACGCUCCCUCAAAACUUGAGACAUCUGUGGCGUGGUGUGAUAAAACUGCACAUUUUAGAGCUGCCUUUUAUUGUCCCCAGCACAAGGUGCACCUGUGUAAUGAUCAUGCUGUUUAAUCAGCUUCUUGAUAUGCUACACCUGUCAGGUGGAUGAUUAUCUUGGCAAAUGAGAAAUACUCACUAACAGGGAUGUAAACAAAUUUGUGCAGAAAAUUUGAGAGAAACAAGCUUUUUGUGCGUAUGGAACAUUUCUGGGAUCUUUUAUUUCAGCUCAUGAAACAUGGGACCAAAACUUUACAUGUUGAGUUUAUAUUUUUCUUCAGUAUAUAGUAUCAUAUAUUAUCAAGACCAAGACUGGGAAGAGUGCUGCUGACAUAGCCACGGUGUUCAAACGUUCCACAGGUAGAACCAACCGAACCCCACAGCCACAACUUUGUGUCCAACACAGUUUGCCAAAUACAUAACUCUGACACCUAAAUCUGGUGUUUAAACAACCACAGAUACAGUAAAACCAAACUCUAACCACAGCCACAUUUACCACACUAUGAAAUGGUAGUCUUGAGGUGCGAGACUGGCGCCAUCUUCCCCUUCUCUUGCAAACAUUAUAUAAAACACCUUCCUAAUAUUGAAUUGCACCCCCUUUUUUGCCCUCAGAACAGCCUCAAUUCAUCGGGGGCAUGGACUCUACAAGGUAUCGAAGGCUUUCCACAGGGAUGCUAGCCCAUGGUCACUCCAAUGCUUUCCACAGUUGUGUCAAGUUGGCUGGAUGACCUUUGGGUGGCGGACCAUUCUUGAUACACACAGGAAACUGUUGAUUUGAUUUGUUCUUGACACGCAAACCGGUGCACCUGGCACAUACUACCAUACUCCGUUCAAAGGCUCUUAAAUAUUUUGUCUUGCCCAUUCACUCUGAAUGGCACACAUACACAAUCCAUGUCUCAAUUGUCUCAUGGCUUAAAAAUCCUUCUUUAACCUGUCUGCUCCCCUUCAUCUACACAGAUUGAAGUGGAUUUAACAAGUGACAUCAAUAAGGGAUCAUAGCUUUCACCUGCAUUCACCUGGUCAGUCUGCCAUGGAAAGAGUAUUUUGUACACUCCAUGUAUAUCUGGUCUUCUUCCCCCGCAGAUUGCCAGGAUCCUGGCGUCCCCAGGCGAUGCCCUCACCAACGGGCAGGUGACAUCCUCGAAAGAGGAGACCCUCUUCAAGUUCUUCAAGAGGGACCCCGAUCCCCCUGCUGACUCCAAGGAGAGGUGAGACCUUUGCUAAAUCUCAAUUUGUCUUACUACUAUUCCUCGUAUCCUAUAUCCUCUUCUCAACUGUAUUGGAGUAGGUCCAAGGUCCCUCCCCUCAGGAGUUAUUUUACAAUUCGUUUUUUGGAGGCGACGAGAGAGGAUGCGAGGAAUCGAGGUAAAAUGAAUUGAGAAAAGGCAACAGAUCAGUCAGUGGAGGCCAGCAGCUGUGAUGGGUGUUUGGGGCCCUCUAGUGGACGUAGAGUGAAGUGUCCCAUGUCAUGAGACAGGUUUUUAGACCUGGUUUAGUCCCAUUUAGGGACUAGCUGCUAAAUCUGCACCAUAAUGCUUUAACAUAUUUAGUCUUAUGUGUCUGACUGUUGAAGAUUCAAUGUUUUAAUCUGGCCUGUUUAAUCUGUCAAUGUUUAUCUGCUCUGAAAUAUUUUAGGCAGCCGACUUGGCUACGUGGGGUUGAUGUAGUACGCUCUUAAACCUAUUUAUUUAUUUAUUUAUUGCCUUUAUUUAACCGGGUAAGUUACUGAGAAGACAUUACUUGUGUUUGAGAGCGUGAGCAAACUGACUGAUCUACAAAUAAUGUUGAGUAGGGGAUUUAAAGGUUGAUUUGUUGAUCAGUGAUGAUUCUGCACAGUUCAACUUCAAUGUAGUCAAUCUCAAACGCGCCCAUUCUCUUUUAAAAUAACGACCUUUAACCUCUCCUAGUCUGGCCAAGCUGUGUGACAUUGAGCUGCUCCUGCACGGACUCAACCUGGAGUACCUUUCUGACAUAAUGCUAGUGAGUAGUGUACUCCUUAAACACAUACACGCACACACACAGGGGUUCCUCUGACAUUAUUUGAGUACUGUACCUCUCAUCCUCACUGUGGUUGGGCAGUUUCCAGAGUUUUCAUAUCUUCCUCAUGCCACAUCCCAGCAUAUGGUAUUAUCAAAUACUUGUCCAACCCUACUCCUGGCUCAUUGAUGUUGAGCAGACAGGUGUAAAGACUGGGUCUGACUCUGGAGUGAAAACAAUAGUGUAUGAAGCUCAGUUUGGGGGCGGCGGGUGUGGAUUGAUAUUUUCAUCAUUAGAUCAAAUAGACAUACCGGUAGCAAGUAGCUUCACAAAACAAACGCAUACUGUAAUCUGUUACCGGUAUUUUUAAAAAGACACAUACCGGUAGCUACACAAAUGCAUAUUGUAAAUUAUUGUACAAUAUCUGUUCAGGGUGUGGGCUGGUUUGCAAGUUGUCAGAUCGUCAAAGUAGUUUUUCUUCUCUUUGCAGGAAAAUGACAUCACUUGGAGCUACCUGGUAACCAUGGAGAAGGAUGACCUGGAGAAGGUAUGAAAGACCUCUUUAUGUCAGUCUGUCUGUCAGCAAGUUUCCAGGUUUUUCAGAAAUCGAUAUGAUUCCUGGAAUCAGUAGGGAAUUAGCAUGGUGGGAAUACUCCAACUGGGAAUGCUCCAACCAGGAUUUCUGAAAAACCUGGGAAUUUUGCAACCUGAGUUACCAGUAUGUUGCCCAGUUGUUAAUGCUGCGUUCUCCCCCAGAUUGGUAUCUCCGACCCAGAGGACCAGCAGAAGGUUCUGAGUGCAGUGAAGGAGAUGCAUCUAGACCGGGUCGACCUGGACACUGUCGGCCAGCUGGAGAACAUAGACAGCGGGUAACAUUAAAGUACAAUUAUUUUUUUCUUUCAAUUCGAGUAAUCCCUUCCAGGUCAAAUCGUCAAGCACAAUAACAUAGUUUUUUGACACAUUAUAUAUGCAACACAUACACCUACAGAAUAACUCUCCAGGAUUCAGACAUUACAUUACAUACUGUACACAGUCCAUCCUCCAGCACAACACUGGAAGUCAUCCGUCUGACUGACCUAAAGCAUCCAUCCCGCUGUUAUUCUCCCACAGCCUCUCCUCCCACAGCCUCUCCUCCCACAGCCUCUCCUCCUAUAGUCUCCCACAGCCUCUCCUCCUAUAGUCUCCCACAGCCUCUCCUCCUAUAGUCUCCCACAGCCUCUCCUCCUUAUCCCACAGCCUCUCCUCCCACAGCCUCUCACUCUCUUAGUCUCCCACAGCCUCUCCCCACAGCCUCUCCUCCAUAGUCUCCCACAAGCCUCUCCCACAGCCUCUCCCUAUAGUCUCCCACAGCUCUCCCCAAGCUCUUCACUCCUAUAGUCUCCCACAGCCUCUCCUCCCACAGCCUCUCCUCCUAUAGUCUCCCACAGCCUCUCCUCCUAUAGUCUCCCACAGCCUCUCCUCCCACAGCCUCUCCUCCUAUAGUCUCCCACAGCCUCUCCUCCCACAGCCUCUCCUCCUAUAGUCUCCCACAGCCUCUCCUCCUAUAGUCUCCCACAGCCUCUCCUCCCACAGCCUCUCCUCCUAUAGUCUCCCACAGCCUCUCCUCCCACAGCCUCUCCCCUCAUAGUCCACGCUCCCCCACGCCUCUCCUCCUAUAGUCUCCCACAGCCUCUCCUCUACUCCACACUACAGCCUCUCCUCCUAUAGUCUCCCCACAGCCUCUCCUCCCACAGCCUCUCCUCCUAUAGUCUCCCACAGCCUCUCCUCCCACAGCCUCUCUCCUCCUAUAGUCUCCCACAGCCUCGUCCCCCUCUCCCCACAGCCUCUCCUCCUAUAGUCUCCACCUCUCCUCUCCUCCCACAGCCUCUCCUCCUAUAGUCUCCCACAGCCUCUCCUCCUAUAGUCUCCCCAGCCCUCUCUCUCCCACCUCCUCUCCUCCUAUAGUCUCCCCACAGCCCUCUCCUCCCCCAGCCUCUCCUCCUAUAGUCUCCCGCAGCCUCUCCUCCUAUAGUCUCUCUGAGCUUCUGAGAGCAGAGUCCUAAUGGUUUAUUAAGCGGGCUGUAAUGAUUUGUAAGGUGAGAGGAGAUGGAAUGAAAUCCCCUCUUUCACCCCAACCCCCCCCCCCCCCCACACACACACACACACACACUUCUCUCUGUGACUGAUGAUGGGCUAGUUCUCAGGCCAAGCGGUCAUGUCUGCCUGCAGCCCCUCACGUCAUGAAUCCUGAAAUGUGAUUGCCAUGUCCUCCCCUCUACUGUACUGUAGUGUCAGGGCCAGGGGUACAAGGGUACUUUUACUGAGACUAAAUCCCCCAGGAGUAAAUCCUCUGAUGAUGGCCACACUGUAAACAUGAAAGCACUAGAUUACCACAUCCCUUAUGCCUUAUGCUCAUCCCAGACCUAGUGGCCAUGUUCUACUGGGAUGUUAGAUGGUCAUGUUCUAGUUGGCCUGGGAUGUUAGAUAGUCAUGUUCUAGUUGGCCUGGGAUGUUAGAUGGUCAUGUUCUAGUUGGCCUGGGAUGUUAGAUAGUCAUGUUCUAGUUGGCCUGGGAUGUUAGAUGGUCAUGUUCUAGUUGGCCUGGGAUGUUAGAUGGUCAUGUUCUAGUUGGCCUGGGAUGUUAGAUGGUCAUGUUCUAGUUGGCCUGGGAUGUUAGAUGCUCAUGUUCUAGUUGGCCUGGGAUGUUAGAUGGUCAUGUUCUAGUUGGCCUGGGAUGUUAGAUGCUCAUGUUCUAGUUGGCCUGGGAUGUUAGAUGCUCAUGUUCUAGUUGGCCUGGGAUGUUAGAUGCUCAUGUUCUAGUUGGCCUGGGAUGUUAGAUGCUCAUGUUCUAGUUGGCCUGGGAUGUUAGAUGCUCAUGUUCUAGUUGGCCUGGGAUGUUAGAUGGUCAUGUUCUAGUUGGCCUGGGAUGUUAGAUGGUCAUGUUCUAGUUGGCCUGGGAUGUUAGAUGGUCUUUCUAGUGGCCUGGGAUGUUAGAUGGUCAUUCUAGUUGGCCUGGAUGUAGAUGGUCUGUGCUAGUGGCUGGGAUGUUAGAUGUCUAUUCAUUGGCCGGGAUGUUAGACUGGCAGUUCAGUUGGACUGGGAUGUUGAUGGUCAGUCAGUGCUGGAGUUGAUCGGUCAGUCUAUGCCUGGGAUGUAGAGGCAUGUUUAGUAUGGACUGACAGACAGAUGGGUGGACAGGGGGAUAUAGAUCUUCAUACCGGGGGACAAUUGACACAGACGGACGGGCGAGUGGGCAGACAGUCAAAUCAACUGACCUCUACACAACAGACAAAUGAACAGACAUAAGACCGUGUAUGUGGCCAAUGUCCAGGAUUUCCCCUCAUAUAUUACAGAAAAUAAUAUUUUUUCCAGAGAUAACAAAACGUGUUACAUCCAAAUGAUUUGUACAUCAUAUUCAUCAAGCCCCGUUUUUUUUAAAUUUUAUUUCUUUGUUGCUGCGAUUGUUCCGCUGCCCUGUGUUCGUUGAUGGGUUAUUUUAUCUUAAUGGUACAUUUCCCUGCAUGUGUAGCAGCUGUUUUGUGAUGCUCACACUCUGUCAGCGGGCGUGUAAACAGUGUCAGUCAGACUGGAGUUACUAUCUCCUCCCAGAGGCCCGGGACCUGGGACUACAGCUCUGUUAGUUUAUCUAACACACCCAAGACUGAUAGGCUCUCGCUGCAACACUUAGUACAGGAUAGAGAGGAACAGAGGAGAGGGGGAGAUGUCUGUCUGUUGCAGGUGACCUCUCUCUCUCUCCCUCCUUGUCUAGGUGAGACGUAUAGGGGGUAUACUUGAGAUGGGCAGGAAUGCAGACUGACACAGGUUGUGCUGCUCACCCACUCACACUGACAGUCACACAUAAACACACUUGGGUUGAGGUGGAAAGAGACUCAUCAACUAGGGAUGGUCACGGUUAAUCGAUAUCCGGACGUCUGAACGAACGUUAGUAUUCGAUUACUUGAGGGAGAGUUCAUAUUUUGAGCAAACUUAUUUUGGCCUAUUUUAACAAUGAAAAGCUAUGUCUAAAUUAAAUGAUCCUUGUGACAUUUUUACCUACAAGGAUAUAUCAUGACAUUUGAAAUUCUUAAUUUAGUAAAGCAACAAACUUUUGAAUGUAGUUUUUAUAACAGUGCAUUGAGCUACUGCCCUCCAGGCUUCCCUGACAUCGGUAUGCUGUUUCCCCCUCUUCAAAUAGCAAUUACAGGCGCUCAGCUAAUGGCGUUUCCACAAGACCUGAAACGGAUCAAUGCAAAACACUCAGCAGAAAAGCUAUUUGUAACAUAGAACUGAUUAUCAUAGCGAAAAUCUGACUUUUCCUUCGCUGUUGCUGACAAAUUACUGAAGAAAAGCACCCUCCCUGUCUGCUGUUUACCUCUGCCAUGUACAUUUGCGUCAUUCUGAUUGGUUGACUAUCCAGAUAUCCGAAAAAAUGUCAUUAUUUGAAUAGUAAAAUAAUUUGAAAUGCCCCCUAUCAUCAACACUGAUAGUUAGUGGGAAGUACUGUGAAAAGUUGUCUAAUGGUGUAUGUGUGUCCUUAUAGAAGUGAGGAGCUGUAUAACUUCCUGAUCAGUCUGAGGCAGCAGUGCUGCUACCUGACAGAGACGGUACAGGACGUCAUCAGCCGCUUCCCCCGCCGAGCCUCUGAGGUGUGUGUGUCAUUCCCUGUCCCUCUCUGAUCAUCUUAAGGACUGGCGACUGAUCCAUCAAUGCUGUUGUGUCUGACUGAAAGCAGACGGUAUGGUUGUAUAACCUACUAAUUCCCUUUCAGCACUGAAAGGAGUGUGCUGCCCCCCCCCCCCCCCCUCAUGUUUGUGGUUAGAUUAAGUGAGUGAGUUUUCAGUCAGACACUAUAGUACUGAUGGUUUUUUCUAGAUCGGACCUGUCCCUAGCUCCCCUAACUCACUCUCUCUGUCCUCUCCUCAGCUGGUGUUGUCCCUGGACCCUAAGAAGGAAGCACAGGCCAUCUGUAAUGAGCUGGUGGCCCAGACUGGAGACCUGCAGAAAGAGGUCACCUGCCUCAGGAACCUGCUGCACAAGGUACAUCUCACACCUUUCUCUCUGACUGCUGUGUGCAUGCGUGUCACUGUCACACAAGUGCCCCCACCACUAUGUUUCUGCUCCACUCAGUGGGUCACUCUGAGAGAACGAAUGGGAGAACGGUCUGUUUCCUCUGUCUGGUCCUCCACACCAUUUCACUGCCCUAACCGUCUCUUCCCAGGUCUGGUCCUCCACAACCUUUCACUGCCCUAACCGUCUCUUCCCAGGUCUGGUCCUCCACACCCUUUCACUCCCUAACCGUCUCUUCCCAGGUCUGGUCCUCCACACCCUUUCACUGCCCUAACCGUCUCUUCCCAGGUCUGGUCCUCCACACCCUUUCACUGCCCUAACCGUCUCUUCCCAGGUCUGGUCCUCCACAACCUUUCACUGCCCUAACCAUCUCUUCCCAGGUCUGGUCCUCCACACCCUUUCACUGCCCUAACCGUCUCUUCCCAGGUCUGGUCCUCCACACCCUUUCACUGCCCUAACCGUCUCUUCCCAGGUCUGGUCCUCCACAACCUUUCACUGCCCUAACCGUCUCUUCCCAGGUCUGGUCCUCCACACCCUUUCACUGCCCUAACCAUCUCUCUCUGUCUGGUCCUCCAGACCUUUUCACUGCCCUAACCGUCUCUUCCCAGGUCUGGUCCUCCACACCCUUUCACUGCCCUAACCAUCUCUUCCCAGGUCUGGUCCUCCACACCCUUUCACUGCCCUAACCGUCUCUUCCCAGGUCUGGUCCUCCACACCCUUUCACUGCCCUAACCGUCUCUUCCCAGGUCUGGUCCUCCACACCCUUUCACUGCCCUAACCGUCUCUUCCCAGGUCUGGUCCUCCACAACCUUUCACUGCCCUAACCAUCUCUUCCCAGGUCUGGUCCUCCACACCCUUUCACUGCCCUAACCGUCUCUUCCCAGGUCUGGUCCUCCACACCCUUUCACUGCCCUAACCAUCUCUUCCCAGGUCUGGUCCUCCACAACCUUUCACUGCCCUAACCGUCUCUUCCCAGGUCUGGUCCUCCACAACCUUUCACUGCCCUAACCGUCUCUUCCCAGGUCUGGUCCUCCACACCCUUUCACUGCCCUAACCAUCUCUUCCCAGGUCUGGUCCUCCAGACCCUUUCACUGCCCUAACCAUCUCUUCCCAGGUCUGGGCCAAGUCCACACUUCCUUCAAACUCGGGUCAACUCCCCUUCUCAUCCUCUCCAUUGCUCAUCCAGCCUUUACACUGUGGUGUGUGUGUGUGUGUGCGCGCUGUGUGUAGGAUUCUGACAGGGCGAGUCCUCACAGCCUAUAACUCAAAGACAGUGUGACAGUGUUCUGUCAGAGUGGGGGUGGGGUUAGGGUGAGGAAGGAGGGGGGUAGCCCCAGACGCUGGCGGUGUCAGACAGGAAUCCGACAACCAACGGUGGCCAUUUGGAAACACUGGCUCAGGGCCCAGGGGGAAGGCCCUUGCACCCGUUUAUCUUAUCUGUGGGGGCUCGUCUUCACACCCAUCCCCCUACACACACAGAGCGCGGGUGCACACACACACACACACAAUCUAUCUGCCCGGCCAGAUAGAUUGGAGAUGGUGGGAAAAGCAUGAAUGCUUCCUUGGGUUGGACAUUACUGUGUAGAAUGGUAGAUAUGUGCCAUAUCUACCUCUCAGGUGCAGUAGGUGGUACACUGUGCAGAGUGGUUCUCUUAUUCAAACUCUAAUUUGCUUGCUGAAGCAGAUCACCUCAUCCAGAUCAAAAAGUUGUUUUAUUUAUUCCUAAUAAAUUGACAGAAUUAUAGGACACAACAGUGUGUGAAGGGUUGUCACAUGACAAAACACUGCUGAUGGCUACCAUCUAGUCUCCAGACAGUAGGUUCUUGUAGGGCAGGGGUGUCUAACAUAGGCCCGGGGGUCCAAUCCGACGGUGUCCAAUCCGAGGGGGGGAAACAAACUCAAUGACUAAAACUAAAUCGAAAAUGUGUAGAGAUUAUAAUGGGCGGCAGGUAGCUUAGUGGGUAAGAGCGUUGUGCCAGUAACCGAAAGGUCGCUGGUUCUAAUCCCCGAGCCGACUAGGUGAAAAAUCUGUCGAUGUGCCCUUAAGCAAGGCACUUAACCCUAAUUGCUGAUGUAAGUCGCUCUGGAUAAGAGCGUCUGCUAAAUGACUAAAAUGUAAAUGUAAAAUGACUUACAUUCAUACAGUUUCUUGACUGUGUCCAGCUCGUUAAUAAUCACCGAAAUGAAAGCUAGACAGCCAGGGAGCAUCGAACAUUUCCCCAAAAACGAUGGAUAGAGGACUAUUUUUAGCCAAUCUUGAGGACAAGGAAAUAUAAUAAAAAUUCUGUGCGGCCCUCUGGACCUUGUUGCAGACCGAAUGCCCCCCCAUGAUAAUCAGAGAAAUAUUUUCAAAAUGUCACAUACUAUAACACUUUUUUUCGCUAGUAUGGGUAUUCGGACACGGCCAUGGUGUGUGUGUGUGCGACUGUGUGUGUCUGUAGUUUGUGUGUCCACCCUGCUCUUUCUCACCCCUUACCUUGUGACGUUCUGCUGCUCCUCUUCCUAAGAUGGACCCAGCUGGAGAUUUCUGCCCACUUCCUCGACCUGGUUUCCACGGCGACUGGAGGAGACGGGUCCUGAAGAGGCUCGCACUGGGCAUGCUUGGAGCAGGCCUGCUGUUUGCCCUGUCCAGAGCCAAGAUUGUCAAGGUUUACCUUUAG